AUGCGCGUGCGGCACUGGGGUUGUCGGCUCGGGCAGCUGUUGGUGGCGGGCGGCUUCCUCGUCCUCUGGGCUGGUCAGGGCGGCUCUGCGGUCCGCUGGAAAGGUUACCAACCUCGGCUGCAGGCUGCCGUUCCUCCACAAGGAGUGCGUGGUGAAAUAGAUUCCCGUCGUAUUUCAACUGAGCAGCGGGAACGUGGCUCCACGGAUUUUGGGCAGGAGUCUGCGCUGGAUGACGAGGCACCCCUGAGUGCGCUCGAGGCGCAAAUCAUUUACACAGGGACCGGCAGCUGUUCAUCCAGCCCGUGCGGUCAGGAUGCGUACUGCAAAGAUUACGCGAGUGGAUUCGGGUGCACGUGUCACUUGGGCUUUUUCUGGGAUGGGAAAACCUGCAUUUCCAUCAGACAGCACCACCUGUGUGCUCCGGGACACCCUCAAGACUACGUCGUCCAAAAUGUCUACAGCUGCGUCUGCCCCAGUGGCUACAGUACUGGAACCGCAACUCUGUCAAACGGUGCGACUGUGGAGACGUGUAUGCGCGCCGCCGCAUGCGAGCCGGGUUACUAUUUCGACGGGACGACAUGCAAGCUCGCAACGGACCAGUUGUGUGCACCUGGCAAGCUGGGUGCCCAGACCGAGUCAGGUGGAUUCACUUGUGUCUGCCCAGAGGGAUACGAAACGCAGACAGAUACCAUAUCUAGAAAUGUGUCUGUGCAGCGCUGUGUGGAGGAUCCGUGCACAAACAAGUGCAAGCCGGGAACGUGCAGGCGAGACACCGACUCAGAACUGGGCUAUGCAUGCCAAUGCCUCGACGGCUACACACUGAAAACGACAGCCGAAGGGCAGAGCUGUGAGCAGGACCCGUGCUCAAAGCACCCUUGUGGCGCCGACAGCCAGCAUCACAAGUGCACGAAUAAAGGCGGAGAGGUCUAUUCGUGUGUUUGCGCGCCGGGCUACACCUUCAACGGCACGACAUGCACGAUCGCGGCUGCAGAUUUGUGCGACCCGGGCACAGUGCAGCCUGCCGGCGACACAGGGGGAUACACGUGUUCCUGUCCCGCGGGCUACCAAGCGCAAGACGUGGUUGGGUCUGACAGCGAAGGUGUGCCGCGCCAGCGGUGCGCGGAGGACGUGUGUUACCGCAAGUGUGAUAACGGGACGUGCGUGCCGAAAUCGCCGUCAACCUUGGCAGGCGCCAAGUAUACGUGCAGCUGCAACAAGGGCUUCACGCUCGUGGAGGGGGACAAGGACUCGCGGUGUGAACGAGACCCGUGCGCGGGGAACCCGUGCGGUCCCGCAGAGGAUCAGCACGUGUGCCGAAGAACGGAAGACGAUGUGGGCUAUGCGUGCAAGUGCGCGCCGGGCUACACCUUCAACGGCACGACAUGCACGAUCGCGGCUGCAGAUCUGUGCGACCCGGGCACAGUGCAGCCUGCCGGCGACACAGGGGGAUACACGUGUUCCUGUCCCGCGGGCUACCAAGCGCAAGACGUGGUUGGGUCUGACAGCGAAGGUGUGCCGCGCCAGCGGUGCGCGGAGGACGUGUGUUACCGCAAGUGUGAUAACGGGACGUGCGUGCCGAAAUCGCCGUCAACCUUGGCAGGCGCCAAGUAUACGUGCAGCUGCAACAAGGGCUUCACGCUCGUGGAGGGGGACAAGGACUCGCGGUGUGAACGAGACCCGUGCGCAGGGAACCCGUGCGGUCCCGCAGAGGAUCAGCACGUGUGCCGAAGAACGGAAGACGAUGUGGGCUAUGCGUGCAAGUGCGCGUCGGGCUUUUUUUUCAAUGAGACAACGUGCACGCGGGCGACCAAUGAACUGUGUAGUCCCGGUGAACUGGGGGAGCAGGGAAAAGUGAACGAGUACACGUGCGCGUGCCCGCCGGAGUGGGUCGCGGAGUCGUUCACUGCGGCAGGAAAUGUCACCCUGCAGCGGUGUAGUCGUGACGUCUGCGUUGGAAAAUGUUCGCCCGGCGAUUGCGUGGCGGCCUCUGAUAAUGCGUCGUACACAUGCGAAUGUCCCAAGGCCCACCGCGUCGCGGUCGGCGCGGACGGAGGCGAGGUGUGCAGGGUCAGCGCCUGUGCGGCAGACCCCUGUGGCGCCGCGGAGGCGGGGCACGAAUGCACAGACACAGAGGAGUCGGGCUACACGUGUCGCUGUGCGUUGGGCUUCUUCUUUGACGGCCAAACGUGCCUCGAGGCGUCGGACGCGCAGUGCCGACCAGGCGUGCUCGGCGUGCAGCAGAAGCCCAACGUGUAUAGUUGCGUCUGUCCGCAAAGGUACCGCGCCCAGAGCUACGAGAGUGGAGGCGUGAUCCUGCAGAGGUGCACGGAGGAUCCGUGCUUCGCCAAGUGCCUGCCUGGCACGUGCACGCCGAGCGAGGGACCCGAAGCGGGCUUCGCAUGCAGUUGCCCCGUGGGCUACACAGCUGCAGUUGGAGAGCAAGGGCAGUACUGCAAGGCGGAUCCGUGUGCGAAGCACCCCUGCGGGGAUAAGGCUGAUGGACACAAGUGCAGCAGCACCGCCGACGGCUUGAGCUACUCCUGCGUGUGCGCGCCGGGAUUCUACCUUAACGGGAGCUCCUGUGAGGCCGCGACCGACGCGCUCUGCUCGCCUGGCACGAUAGGGCCGCAGACCACGACGAACGAGUACACUUGUGUCUGUCCGCCUCAGGCGGAGGUGGAAUCCUUCCCAGCGCCGGGCAACGUGACCCUGCAGAGGUGCGUCGUCGGGUCCUGCGCGGGCAAGUGCGGCCCAGGGACGUGCAGCCGCUCCCUGGCGUCUCCCUACGGGUACGCGUGCGACUGCCCAGAUGGAUACUCCGUCGCGGUGGGCGAAGCCGGAGAAGAAUGCAGGAAGAAUCCCUGCUUGGCGAAUCCCUGCGGCGCGCCGUAUGUGGGGCACACGUGCAGGAGCCUGGGCGAUUCGAGUUACUCGUGCCGGUGUGCAAAUGGGUACUUCUUCAACGGCAAUGCAUGCGAAGCAGCGACGGACGAGAUGUGUUCGCCAGGCCGGCUGGGCGACGAAACAAAACUCAACAGCUACGUUUGCAGUUGUCCAGGUGGAUACAGGCGUGAGGAGUUUGAAGGCAACGGUGGCGUCACGUUGGAACGGUGCGUUAAAGACAUCUGCUUCGGCAAAUGCGAGCCGGGCGACUGCACUCGACUGGAAGGCUCGCCUCCCAGCUACACGUGCGAGUGCCCAGAGAAGUACUCCGUGCUGCAGGCGCCCGCGGGAGAGAGUUGCCAGGCAGAUCCCUGCUCAGUCUCCCCUUGCGGUCCUGAAGGCCAGGGACACGUCUGCACAAACAAAGAGGGCAUGGAGUAUUCGUGUGUCUGCAAAUCCAAGUACUACUACAACGGGAAAACGUGUCUACCCUUCUCCUCGACGCUCUGCUCGCCGGGCUCGCUGGGCACGCAGAAGCGGCCGAACGAGUAUACCUGUAAGUGCCCGAGCGGCUACGCUGCUGAGGACGUUCCAGUCGCGGAGGACGUCACCCAGCAAAAAUGUAUUAAAGCGGUGUGCUUGAACAAGUGCGCCAACGGCACAUGCGUGAGCGCCUUCUUUAGUCGGUGGGGCUACAGCUGCCACUGCGACGACGGGUACGACGUCGCCACAGGCCCCGAGGGCGAGUACUGCAAGAAAGACGUCUGCGCGGAACAUCCUUGUGGAGACGCGGCGGAGGGACACACAUGCCGCGGAGCGGACAGCGACCCGGGCUACGUCUGCACCUGCGAGAUGGGAUUCUACUUCGACGGGACGUCCUGCAAGCGCGUCGAAGACGCCGUGUGCCAGCCUGGGACCGUCGCCGCGCUGACCCCGAACGCGUACACGUGUAGCUGUCCAGAUAAGUACGUGGAGGAAGACUUCACGGUUGCGGGCAACGUGACUUUGCAGCGCUGCGUGAAAAGCAUAUGCGAUGGCAAGUGUGCGAACGGGGUGUGCUCCCGGGACUCCUCUCGUACGCACGGCUUCGCAUGUCAGUGCGACCCCGGCUUCUCUGUGUCCGAUGGUGAGGAGGGCGAGUUCUGCAAAAAAGACCCUUGCACUUUGAAGCCUUGCGGAGAAGGCCCGCCGCACCAGUGCAUCACUGAGAGCGAGACCGAGUACAGCUGCGUGUGCGCGAGCCGCUACUAUUACGACGGGACGAAGUGUCUCCUCGCCACGGACGACCUGUGCGAUCCCGGCGAGCUGGCCGUGGUGCAGAAUCCGCAGCCCAACACCUACGCGUGCACCUGUCCCAACGGAUUCCUUGUGGAGGAGUUCCCCUCCCCCAAGGGGUCGCUCAUGUUCCAGCGGUGCAAAAAGGAUGCGUGCUUCGAGAAGUGCCAACACGGCUCGUGCUCGGCGGAUGACUCGGCGCCGGGAGGCUACAAAUGUUCGUGCUCUCCAGGGUACUCCGUCCGCUCGACGGAGGACGGCGAGCACUGCGUGGCAGAUCCAUGCUCCUCAAACCCUUGCGGGUCGACCGCAGCCGGUCACCAGUGCGCCAACCAGGGCGGGAUGAACUACGCGUGCACCUGUGCCGCGGGUCAUUUCUUCAACGGGACGACCUGCAAAGUGCCGACCAACGAGCUCUGCGAGCCGGGCGAGCUGGCAGGCGACGCAGUGAACAACGCGUACGCAUGCACCUGUCCCGAGGAGUACAUAAUGGAAACCUUCACUGGCGCCGGCAACGUGACUCUGCAGCGCUGCGUGAAAGACCCCUGCCUCGGUAAAUGCGCGCCCGGAGAAUGCACGCGCGACCGGACGGCGGACUUUGGCUACGUCUGCGAGUGCACGGGGAUGUAUAGCGUCGCAGAGACUGAGUCGGGUCCGAUCUGUCGCGACGAUCCGUGCAAGGUUCACCCGUGCGGGCCGAGUGAGGAGCUCCACGAGUGCCGCAACACCGGCGGAAAGAACUACGAGUGUGAGUGUGCCUGGGGCUACUACUUCAAUGGCGCGUCCUGCCAGAUUCUAUCCGAAAGCGUGUGUGACCCGGGCGACGCCGUGCAGCAGGUGGUGAACGAGUACACGUGUUCCUGUCCAAAGGGACACACCAGAGACACGUUCGAGUCCCCAGAGGGCGCGGUGCUCGAGAACUGCGUCACAGAUACGUGCUACCAGCAGUGUCAGCACGGCACCUGUGUGCGGGACAAGUCGGCAGCCUUCGGCUACCAGUGCCAGUGCUCCGAGGGCUACUUGGUCCGGGGCGGCGCGCCCUCGGGAGGCGGGCCGCAGUGCGUCGUCGACCCGUGUGCUGGCGACGCCUGUGGCGAGCCUGAAGCAGUUCACAGCUGCGUUGUCACAGAUGACUUGAGCGCCAGUUGCAUGUGUAACGAGGGCUUCGCGUACAACAAAUUCAUCAAAAAAUGCACGGACCAAAGCCCGUGCGACUACGGCGCCUGCGGACCCUCGGAGGGUGUGGCGCGGUGCACGUCGUCGAGUGCCGGCUCGUGGAGCUGCGAGUGCAGACAGGGCUUCCAAGUCGCUGUCACGUCCGAGAACAAACAGUACUGCGUCCGCUGGAGCUUUUGCGACGGAGAUCCCUGCGGCCCGCCCGCGGACGGAAACGUGUGUGUGUCGGCGCUCACAGGGUACACCUGCCGGUGCGGCUCAGGGUACACGCUGGUCAGGGAAGCGCAGCCACGCUGCGAGCGCGUGACGGCGGGUUCGCCUGUGCCGGAGGCCGGCGGAAUAACCCAGGGGAGCGGUGAGGCAACCCCGGGGGCAGGGGGAGAAGCCCCGGGGGAGGACGACGGAACAGCUCCGGGGGAGAACGAGGAGGUAAAUCAGGGAGAGACCGGUUAA